GGUGUCUAAAAUCCAAAAAACAUAUCUAAAAUUUCAAAUCCCCCUCUUUCUUCUUUCAUCCUCGGAGAGAAACAUUCACCACAAGUGCCAUCUUUAUCUCAUAUCUUCAAGCACAACACCAACUAUCUUCCACUCAAGUGAUCAUCAACCAACCAACGAAUUAUAAACCCUAAAUCAACGUGUCACUAUUCGACUACCAACAGUGAGUCUAUUUUAACUUAAUGAAGACGUAAAUUGCAACUUCCCCUGUUUCAGAGAGCCCUGAUUGAAUCUUGUGUUGAUGGAGAAAUUGGUAUUCGCUAAAGAGCUUCACGCUCGGUUGAUUAAAACUCAUCUCAACACUGACUCAUCAUCGAUAUUUCCCGUAAUCCAAUCCUAUUCUCUUCAGCCAAGUAAAUUGCAGAAAACCCUUUUCAUAUUUGACCAAAUUGAAAGACCCACUUUAUCUAUUUGGAACAUUCUGAUUCGAUGCGUCGCGCAGAGCGAUCGUCCUGUUUUUGCACUUCAUUUGUUUGAUGAAAUGCGCGACCGUGGAUUGAUAGGAAAUAACCUGACCUCUAUCUAUGUUUUAAAAGCUUGUGGUCGUGCUCAAGAUGCUAGCUAUGGAGGGAAAAUUCACGCACAUUCGUUUAAGAUGGGGUUCAGAUCGUAUCUUUAUGUUUGCAACUCACUAAUUCAUAUGUAUGCUUCAUGCAAGCGGUUGGAAUGUGCGAAGAGAGUGUUCGAUGAAAUGCCUGAGAGAGACUUGGUUUCUUGGAACUCCAUGAUUUGUGGGUAUAGUCAAUCUAACAGAUAUAAAGAGGUUUUACGUCUUUUUGAUCUUCUCCAAGAAGCUGAUCUGAUCGCUGAUUCAGUAACAAUGGUGAAGGUUAUAUCAGCAUGCAUCAACAUAGGUGACAAGAGCAUUGGAUUGUCCAUGGCUAAGUACAUUAAAGAUAAUACCAUUAAAAUGGAUGUUUACCUUGGAAACACUUUAAUCGAUAUGCAUGGAAGACAUGGUUCAAUGGAUUUAGCUCGUGAAGUAUUUGAUGAAAUGGAGGAACGAAAUGUGGUUUCCUGGAAUGCCAUGAUCUCAGGUUAUGCAAAAGCAGGCGACUUGACCGAUGCACGGAAGCUAUUUGAUAAAAUGCCAAAAAGAGAUGUCAUUUCAUGGACUACUAUGAUCACUGGUUACUCUCAAAGUUCUCAAUUCUCUGAUGCAUUAACUCUCUUUAUCGACAUGAUGAACACAAACAUUAAACCUGAUGAAAUCACAGUUGCUAGCGUGCUCUCUGCUUGUGCUCAUCUAGGCUCAAUCGAUAUGGGCAAAUCCGUCCAUGACUACAUUUGUAAAAACAACAUAAAACAGGAUUUAUACGUUGGGAACUCUUUGAUCGAUAUGUACUGUAAAUGUGGUUCAACAGAGAAGGCAUUGGAAGUGUUUGGAGAAAUGGAACACAAAGAUUCAGUUUCCUGGACCUCAGUCAUUUCAGGACUUGCUGUGAAUGGAAAUGCCAAUUACGCCCUUGACCUCUUCUCCAAGAUGAACACUAAGCCAACUCAUGGAACAUUUGUAGGGGUGUUGCUUGCUUGUGCUCAUGCUGGCAUGGUGGAUAAAGGUUUGGAGUAUUUUGAGAGCAUGAAAAGGGAGUAUGGAUUGCAUCCAGAAAUGAAACAUUAUGGAUGUGUGGUUGAUAUGUUGAGUAGAUCAGGUGAUGUUGAAAGAGCAUAUGAGUUUAUGAAAGAAAUGCCAAUGGAUCCAGAUGUGAUAAUAUGGAGGAUGUUACUAGGUGCUUGUAGGCUUCAAGGAAACAUAGUCAUAGGAGAGAUUGCCACUAACAGACUCCUUGAAUUGGAUCCUGAUAACAGCGGGAAUUAUGUUCUUUCAUCAAACAUUUAUGCAACUGCUGAGAGAUGGGAUGAUGCUAUGAAAAUGAGAAAUUUAUUAAAAAAAGGCCAUGUGUUCAAACCAUUAGGCUGGAGUUCUACACAAGUUUAAGACAAUCUCGGAUACAAAACAUACAUUACAAAAGUAUACAUAUAAGAAAACUUAAUGUAAUAUUUAUUGUCUAGUCCCUAUACAAGACAACAUACUUUAACAAAUCAGCCUCAAAGAUUAAACAUAACCUUAAUUGCAUUA